CAUCCCUUGGAUUUUACAAGCCAACAGCUUACUUUUACAAAUUCCUUUUCUUACUAAAACAAGUUUGACAGCAGCCUACAUUAGGACGCAAAUUUGCUAAUUCCACUAUUAGUGGUUUCCUUUCUUUUAAUCCUUACUGCUUACGUUACAAAAAGUUAAUCCCUUCCAAAGAAUAUCUUCUAGCUGGACUUCCUUCUUCAGGUAAAAAACACAAACAAUAUUUAAGGCCAUAUGUGAUCCCCACUACUUGUGAAUGAUGAAUGAAAUUCUCCCACCAUCCUUCAUGUCACUUUAAAGCACUGGAUCUGGGUGCAGUGUAACACUUCUGUGACUCCCACUGGUUUAAGUGCAUAUAGCUCUACUAACUUCAACAGAUUUGUUACACUGAUCUGACCUUAAGGCUUUAUUAAUAAUAGAAACCAGAUUCUUUUUAAUUGUGUCAUGGAUAUUUAAGUAAAACUCCCUCUAGAUAGUAAUCUGCUUAAAACACUGCAAGCUAUGGCCCACAGUUUUUUAACUCAACUCUGUCAUUUUAACUUCCUUUUAGCUUUCUGACUCUCCAAAAUGCCAUUACAAGAGAAUACUGACACAGGGUAAUUGCUGCACACUGUAAAUGCUUUCUGAAUAAAAAAGACGAGGCUCCUGGCAGUCCUUAGGAUGCCAUUACCUCAUAGCAAGUGACUGAGCAUAGAUCAGUUAUCUGGGGGUGCACCCGUGUACCUAAUGUGAAAAGAAGCAUUUAUGUGGUUGGUGAGAUGUGAUACAGAACAAAAGAAACAUGACCCCCUCUAUUAUAAAUCUUCAAAGCCUUUGUUUAAAUUUUAUUCCAAAUUAUAUGGCUCUGAUCCUUACUCAGAAGGAUAUGCCACGAUCCUUACUCAGAAGAGCUAGAAGUAAUGGCACUGCAGAGCUGAGCGCCCGGACCAGCAUGUUUUGGAGAGAAAAACCAUGUGCUUUAUUUGGGUCAAUGUCACAUGAACACUCUAAGAAAAUUAUAGCUAUGACUGACAUUGGAGAUUACAUAGGCUCCAACAUCGAAAUAUCCUGGUUACCCAACCUGGAUGAUCUGAUGAAAGGCUACGCACGUAAUUUCAGGCCUGGGAUUGGAGGUCCUCCUGUUAACGUUGCUCUUGCAAUUGAAGUAGCCAGCAUUGACCACAUCUCAGAAGUGAACAUGGAAUACACCAUGACAGUAUUUCUGCACCAGAGCUGGCGGGACGACCGCCUGUCCUACAACCACACCAAUGAGACCCUGGGGCUGGACAGCCGCUUUGUGGACAAGCUCUGGUUGCCAGAUACUUUCAUAGUGAACGCCAAGUCUGCCUGGUUCCAUGACGUGACUGUGGAAAACAAACUGAUCAGGCUCCAGCCAGAUGGAGUCAUCUUAUACAGCAUAAGGAUUACCUCAACGGUGGCAUGUGACAUGGACCUCUCCAAGUACCCGAUGGAUGAGCAGGAAUGCAUGUUGGACUUGGAGAGCUAUGGUUACUCUUCAGAGGACAUUGUCUACCACUGGUCAGAAAACCAGGAUGAGAUCCAUGGGCUGGAUAAGCUGCAGCUUGCUCAAUUCACAAUUACUAACUACCAGUUUACAACAGAACUGAUGAACUUCAAAUCUGGGCAGUUUCCCAGGCUGAGUCUCCACUUCCACCUCCGACGAAAUCGAGGUGUUUACAUCAUUCAGUCCUACGUCCCUUCUAUCUUGCUCGUGGCCAUGUCCUGGGUGUCCUUCUGGAUCAGCCAGUCAGCUGUGCCUGCCAGGGUGUCCUUAGGCAUAACCACUGUUCUUACAAUGACUACACUGAUGGUCAGUGCCCGCUCUUCGCUUCCACGAGCAUCUGCCAUCAAGGCACUUGAUGUUUACUUCUGGAUAUGCUACGUGUUUGUCUUCGCCGCACUGGUAGAAUACGCUUUUGCACAUUUCAAUGCUGACUACAUGAAAAAGCAGAAGAACAAGAUCAAAGCGAGAAGGCAGAGUGGAGAGAUAAACGUGAAGAAUGCCAUUGUUCUGUUCUCCCUCUCCAUCGCUGGUGUGAACCAGGAGCUGGCCAUUUCCAACAGGCACCACCGAAUCCCCAGAAGUCUGCCUGGAUCAUAUGGCACAAUAGAAAUAGAGACUGGAGAGACUAAACGGCAGCAAGAGAUGAAACUGGAUAAAAAGAGUGGUCUGAAAUCCCUCUUUAAGCCCAUUGAUGCUGACACCAUCGAUAUAUAUGCCAGAGCAGUGUUCCCAGCAGCCUUUGCAGCAGUCAAUGUUAUAUACUGGGUUGCCUACACUAUGUAAAAAGCCCAGAACUUUGUGAAGAGCCAAGAAUUGAACAGUACCUACACACUAAACAGUCCUUGCUGAAACUGUACUGUGCCAUCUCUUCUCAAAAUAUUUUCCAGUGACCUUGAGACAUUUCUAGUCAAGAAACUCCUGCAAUCAAUUCCUACUAAAGCAGCAAGAAAAACAGUUUGUUACCAAUCUGAUUUGAUACAUUAAGGACUGUACUCUGCUCAACAAUCCCAGCUCCUUUUGUUUCCUCUCUUACCAUGAGAAAACAUUUCAUAUGUACAUAACAGCAGAAGUUUAAGUCUUGAACUACCAUGUUUUUUCUCCACCUGAAGCAUUGGUAAGUAAUGAAGACUUAGCCUCUCAUGCUCAGAGCAUUUCGUUUUUCAUAGUGGAACAGCUAAUUCCCAGCUUCCACACAAGUGAUUUUCUGUGGAAUGGUCUAACUUCAAUGCAAGUGGCAAAGUUGGCAAUUUUAAUCACAAAAAUCCCAUGGUAAAAGUAAAAAUAGAAGCGAGUGGGGGUUUAUUGAAUUUUCCUUUGUCUUAGAUAAAGUAUUGAAAACAUUUCAGUGCUCUUAGUCACAGCAUGAAAUAAAAUACACUACAUGGAGUUCUACUGAAUUGUUAAUAAUGACAGCAUUACAUUUCAGAUCUAAGCUAAUGAAAGAUUUAACACUCGAGCAUAGUAACCUUUGGUACUUCAGUGGGCCCCAGCGCAGGCAAAAGUGGUUCAGAAACAGGGAAAGCUCAGCCCUUCUGCAUUGGAUCACUAACAAUUUCAGAGGAGCUUGGUAAUGGAGGAACUCAAACUCCAUUUUCAGGAAGGAUUUUAGAAUUUCCUAUAUGAGUUUCAGUGCAAUCUGCCCUACGUGCCUCUGAAAAUCUCCUUUUUGCACCUGGCACGAAAUAGCUGAGUGAAGUUCAAAGGUGCCAUAAAUGGCUUUAAGUCAUUCAGUCGCUUUGGAUAUUUUUGCAGUUUUUAUUCUAUGGCUGACAUAAUGUUAGGCUUCUUUACUUCCCUGUUUGACAGUGAAAUGUAUGAGAACUCAGAUGCACCCCUCAACUCAAGACUGGAUCCUCUCGCCAUGCUCACACAAAUAACACCUUGUUCUGUGAGUAACUCCAGGGAUCCGGCAAAUGAAGGCAGUAUUCACAGCAAAUACAAGUUUCAUAGUUAAUCUCUAUCAAAAAAGCACAGUAAAUAGAUUGGGAUAUAGAUUAAAACAACAGACGUAUUUAAGGCACUUUUUUGGAUUUUUUUUUCUUCCUUUUUGGGGGGAUUCUGGUGCCUUGAAAAAUAAGGUUGUUCCAAACCUAGAGAAAGAAGAUGCAACAGAAAAUAUUACAUGAGAGAAGGAGGGAAUGAGUGAGGCUAAGGAGAUGGCUGAAAGCUGUGGAAGGGAGCAUGGGGAGGUGCAAGAUGAAAUAGGACACAAGAUGUAAAUGAGAGAAGAGCAGUGCUGGGCUUGGAAGAUGGGCAUGGCUGAUGGAACUGCAAGGAGGAGGAAACAAGCAUUGGUUCACGCAUCCCUCCCACCUUACCUAUCUGUGACACACGGCUCAAUUUCAUAUGACCAGAACUGAAAGAGCAUUUUAAGGCAAAUUUAUGACUUCCAAAGAGACUUGCUCAAUAUCACUGAAGUAAGAGAAUGCACUGAAGAAAAAUUAAUGAUCCUGAAGUGAGCUAUGAUAUGAACUAUGAUCCCAUCGUAAGUCAGGCUGAGGAUCACGUGGAUUAUUUCUGUUCUACUGGAAACAUUUUCAGCCAUGUGCUGGAAGGUGCAAACCAUCACCCAGCUAUGUUUUUUCCAGAAAGUUCUCAUCAGUCUGGCCCUGGACUGAGACACCUGGAUUUUGCACUAAGUUCUUGCCACUGAUGUGAGGAUGAACCUUCCUGGAGUCAUUUCAUUGCAUCAUCUGCAAGAUGGGUAUAAUUAUACUGAUUUCUUUACUAAGCCUUUGAGAUCUACAGAAGCAAAAUCCUUUUGAGAGACACAGAAACUGUCAGGCUCCAACUAGAUACGUGCACUCAAAGUGUACAGCGGCUGGUUAUUCAGGGUAAUUAGUGAGAAAGUGGCUGCAUACAUUCUAAAGGCAAUGUCUAAUCUAAUUACUUCAGCAGUAAGAGUCUGUAGUUGUGCACCUGACACAAGUCCAUGCCCUGAAGUCAACUGAGGUAAUCAGAGGGGGUUAUUGGACAAAAUUAGCUGCUUCUCCACCUGGGUGCCAAUCACCGGCUGCACACCCUGCUGGCUUCUUCAUAAGGUUUAUUCAAUGCAUUGUUCUGUAUUUGUCUGCAGACCUUCAAGGUGCACAGCUAUUGGUGACUGAUCAAGGUAAGGGGUGGCUACGGUCUUUCCCUCAAAAAAAUCCACAAACCUAACAGCAAAAACCACGAAAACCACCACCCAGGACAAAACAAAGCAAAGAACACCAAAACCGAAACCAGAAUGCUAGGCUGUCACAUAAAAAAGCAUAAAAAAAGGGGGGGGGAAACCUCAGAAUAUUUCAGGAAGUCAGAAUGUGAGAAUCCAUGUGGCAGUUGUGUCCCCUCCAGGAAUGAGGUGACUCAGAGGGGAGAACAGGCCUCCCUGCUGCUGCAGUUGCAGAGCAGCACAAGGCAGAACAACUCCAUUGUGAAGUUACAGCUUUUGAAAUGUGUUUCCAAAGCCAGAAAUAAAACAGAUGCCUUCCAGAUUCUUUUACAGGAGGGAUGUUAGUACAGGAGUACUGUGUCAUUAUUGGAAUUUUGAAUAAAACUGAAGCUUCUGUACAUUUGA